AUGGAGAAGAUAAAAGAGACGUUUGCACGAUGCAAGCAGGAAAAGCGCUGUGCGCUGGUCGCAUAUGUGACAGCCGGUUACCCUGAGAAGGAUGAUACGCCUGACAUCGCACUUGCAAUGGAAGCUGGCGGAGCUGAUGUGAUUGAACUUGGCAUCCCUUUCACAGAUCCUAUCGCCGACGGUCCUACCAUCCAAAGAGCUAAUACACAAGCGUUGAAGAACGGUGUUACGGUCACCUCGGUGCUUGAGAUGGUGCGGAUUGCGAGGAGAAGAGGACUGAAAAUUCCCGUGCUGCUCAUGGGAUACUACAAUCCAUUGCUCCAGUAUAGAGAGGAAAAAAUGUUGAAAGACGCGAAAGCGGCAGGUGUGAAUGGAUUCAUCAUGGUUGAUCUUCCGCCAGAAGAAGCGGUGCGGUUUCGGGAUUUGUGCAGAAAGGAGGGGUUAUCUUAUGUUCCACUGAUCGCACCCGCCACUUCCGAUUCUCGAAUGAAAUUGCUCUGCAAGAUCGCUGAUUCUUUUAUCUACGUCGUCUCUCGAAUGGGUGUUACAGGUGCAACUGGCAAACUCAGCGAAGGGCUUCCGGAGCUCCUUGCUCGGGUCCAUGCCUACUCUGGAAACAUUCCCACUGCGCUAGGAUUCGGCAUCAGCACGAGAGAGCAUUUCUUGAGGGUGCAGGAUAUCUCUGAGGGUGCAGUCAUCGGCAGCCAGAUGAUCACUGUUCUUGGUGAAGCUCCUGCUUGCCAGAGAGCCCAGAAAAUCGAAGAAUAUUGCACGAGCAUCACUGGGAGGAAAGUGGAACGUAGCACAGAAUCCAAAUCUUUAACUCGAGAAGUGGGCCGUUCUGAAAUGCUCUCUCAAGCUCAACAGCCAACAAAUGCUCAGGUUGAUCAUGUCAUUACGAAUGGCCAGACUGAUUCUGAAGUCGGCCUGGUCGAGCAACAACUCGCUCUCAAUGUGACCAGAGAUCAGGCCGCAAUGCCUGCUCGCUUCGGCGAGUUUGGCGGCCAGUACGUGCCAGAAUCUCUCAUGGACAGCCUCGCUGAGCUUGAGGCAGGCUUCAAGAAGGCCAAAGAUGACCCCACAUUCUGGGAGGAGUUUCGGUCGUACUAUCCUUAUAUGAGCCGACCAAGCAGUCUGCAUCUUGCGGAGCGCCUGACCGAAUAUGCUGGAGGAGCUAACAUCUAUCUCAAGCGCGAAGACCUAAAUCACACAGGAAGCCACAAGAUCAACAAUGCGCUCGGCCAAGUUUUGCUGGCUCGUCGCCUUGGCAAAACGCGUAUUAUCGCGGAGACCGGGGCGGGUCAGCAUGGUGUAGCGACUGCUACUGUCUGCGCAAAGUUUGGCAUGGAUUGCGUCAUCUACAUGGGCGCUGAAGAUGUGCGUCGCCAAGCUCUAAACGUAUUCCGCAUCAAACUUCUCGGAGCCAAAGUCGUCGCCGUCGAAUCCGGUUCGCGGACACUUCGUGAUGCCGUCAACGAAGCGCUACGGGCCUGGGUUGUCCAUCUCGAUACCACACACUACGUGAUUGGUUCUGCCAUUGGACCUCAUCCCUUCCCCACCAUCGUCCGAACACUCCAAUCCGUCAUCGGCGAAGAAACCAAAGAACAAAUGCUAAAGCUAACUGGCAGAUUACCCGAUGCCGUUGUCGCCUGUGUAGGUGGCGGUAGCAAUGCGGUCGGCAUGUUCUACCCCUUCUCCAAUGACCCCAGGGUCAAGCUCCUCGGCGUCGAGGCCGGUGGCGACGGCACGGACACCACCCGACACUCCGCAACGCUUUCGCACGGCUCCAAGGGUGUCCUGCACGGUGUGCGUACCUACAUCCUGCAAGAUGAACACGGCCAGAUUUCCGACACCCACUCCAUCUCUGCAGGGCUUGACUAUCCCGGAGUUGGACCGGAGCUUUCGUCGUGGAAGGACCAGUCCCGUGCCACGUUCAUUGCCGCAACGGAUGCGCAAGCGCUUCAGGGUUUCCGGCUGAUCACGGAGUUGGAGGGGAUCAUUCCCGCGCUCGAGUCGUCUCAUGCGGUGUAUGGAGCUGUGGAAUUGGCGAAGACGAUGAAGAAAGGGCGGAAUAUUGUGCUGAAUUUGAGUGGAAGAGGUGAUAAAGAUGUGCAGAGUGUGGCGGAAGCAUUGCCGGAGUUGGGUCCUAAGAUUGGCUGGGAUUUGAGGUUUUGA